AUGGCACGAGGCAGAUGCAUCUGGAAAGGCUGGACGUUGGAGAGUGAGUCCCUAAUACGAGACGUGGGCACCUGGCUUCUGAUCUACAACUGCAUGUGCAGCUACCACACCUGCUGUGGAGUCUCUUUCCCAGAGCAGGGAGGAGGGCCAAGGGCUGGAACUUUCACCUGCUUCACCAACAGCAUCCUCAGGAUUGACUGCCAAUGGUCAGGUCCAGAGUUGGCCCAGGGCUCUGGUCCUUGGCUUCUCUUCACCAGCAACCAGGCACCUGGCAGCCAGCACAGGUGCAUCUUCCAGGGCAGCAGGUGCAUUCUGGAGCUGCCUCCCAAAGAGGUGAUCCUGCCAAAUGACAACUUCACCAUCACUUUCCACCACUGCCUCUCCAGGAAGGAACAGAUCAGCCUGGUGGACCCUAAGUAUUUUCCCUGGAGACAUGAUGAGCAGGUUAAACUGGACCCUCCUUCUGAUUUGUGGAGCAAUGUCAGCUCUCGCUACUGCAUCCUUAUCUGGAGCAUGAGUCCUGGAAUAGAUCCAAUGAGCGCACUUCUCAGCUAUGAGCUGGCUUUCAAAAGGCAGGGAGAAACCUGGGAGUAGGCCCGGUACAAGGACUGUGUAGUUGGUGUGACCUGGCUCAUCCUUGAAGCCACAGAACUGAACCCUGGCUCCACUUAUGAGGCUAGACUGCGUGUCCAGAUGACUGUCCUAGAUGAUGAAGUGGCAGAGGAGGAGCCUCUAGCGGGCCAGUGGAGUGAAUGGAGCCAGCUUGUGUGCUUCUCUUCUUCCCAGCAACAAGGACACCCGAUCCCCCUCUGGAGGUGGCUGGACAGCACCCUUGUUGCUAUGUCUGUCUUUCUCCUGUUGACUGGCCUGACCUACCUUCUCUUUAAGCUGUCAUCCCGGGUGAAGAGAGCAUUCUACCAGAAUGUGCCCUCUCCAGCAGCAUUCUUCUAGCCCCUCUACAGUGUGCACAAUGGGAAUUUCCAGGUGUGUGCAGGGCACUGCAGGGAUUUGUGGCAAAUAUAG